UACCGAUGGGAUGACCAGGUUUCAACUCAGGCAUGAGUCUUGCUACGUAGUGAGCAGAAGGCACAGUAGUAGCUCUUCACAUUGAGCUCCCGAUCAAGACGUCUGAGCUUUUCUGCCACAACUGGGACCGAUUCCUGUUGCAAGUUCUCAUCACUGACGAUAUCCAUCCCAAGGCUCCCGAUACACGCUUAUGGCUUUACGCGUUCGCCCAGCUUCUGAAGCGCAUAUUUUAUUAUGACAAACAAGCGUAUGAAGACUGGGUGUCUGGGUUGCAGAAGUAGGAAGAAGAAGUGCGACGAAAACCGUCCCGAGUGUCACUCCUGUGUUGCGAAACAGGUUGCAUGUGUCUGGCCCGACAAUUGGCAAGAAGUCAGGACCGCACCUGCACGCAGUGCGGUGGCACAAAAUCCCUCGAGGAGGCGGCGGCAUAAGAUCCAACACAGGGAUCUGACGACAGCCGAUUCAGGCAUUGUCUGUGACCGCGUUGCCCAUGUUCCCACAAGGAUGCUAGAUGAGGUUGUGUCGGAGUCUGUCACUCAGCAUAUCUCGUCAGUAACGGCAGCCGAUGAUCACUCUAGUCUCGAUGUCCUGUUGUUAAGCGAACCGCCAUUACUGGAGAGGAGAUUGCAUCCCACUACCCGUGGGAUUGCCUCCGAGUCCAUACCUGAUAGCGCAACCCUCGCCGCCCUCAUCAACGUAUCACCAACGAAACAGCAUAUCCCAUUCAUUCUGGAAUCGACCCUGAGAUCAAAUACCGACGAUUUUCAGCUACUGUUUCAGCACUUUGUCUUACAGUCGAUGCCAUCUAUAGCGCCUGAUGACAUUGACUUGGACUUGUUUCUCAAGUACACGAUGCCUUUGGUCCUCGCCGACGAUCUGGUCAUGCGAGCAGCCCUCGCCCUGAGCAGCGCAAAGUACAUGAUGCGAGCCCCGACGAAUAAAGCGCUACAACUCUCUGGGCUAUGUCAUUCCAGAGUUAUGGAGGCCAUCAUGGUACGGACUACUGCGUGCAAAGCUGGGCUGGACGAGCAACCUGUGUUUCUUUGCUCAGCUACUAUACUAAUGGCUGUGUUAGAGUUGACGCAUGGCAGCACGCGGAGUCACCACAUAGACUUUGCCACCCAUCUUAUACUCAACGUCCUUCCCUCGUCCGAUCCUCAGAUUGAUCGAACCCUGUACAGAUUCUUGCUCAGGGCGUGCAUCUACAUACGAGCUGAGACAUGGGGGUGCGAAGGUCCCACAGGUCUGCCCUCAUACGUAGAGAAGCAGAUGGCGAACAUGUUCCAACUUGCGGCCAAGCUUGAGGAUCUGGACAAUGAGGGAGGAAUAAGAAAUCAGAUCGGCCUACUUCAGACAGCCUUUGUCACAGGCCUGUUGGUUGUGCCGCAACUUGCACGCCUUUCAGCAUCAAGGGAACGCCUUGAGGACGACAUCGAACGCGCGAUACAACUGGCAGCACUCGAGUCGCAGAUUAUGUCUUGGAAACCCCCCCCUGGUUCCGAGGCAAGUGAUAACAUCCGGAGAGUCUGGGGUCUAUGGCGAACAGGUCUCCUGGUACAUCUUUACACAUCCCCGGUGGCACAAGAAGUUUGCCAGACGUGGUGGAGAGAGAAGAGCAACGCGUGCAUUAGAGAUUUCAUUCAGAGACUCGAAGAUACAGCUCGAAGUCCCAGAGGCCUCUCAGUGCUCUCGUGGCCGCUCAUAAUGGCAGGGUCGUUUACUCAGACCGCUUCGCACCAACAGUUGAUUCGAGACACGUUGUCUUCCAUCUCUGAGCGAACAGUUUCGAGAUUACCAGUAAAAUUAGCGGAACGACUCGUAAUAGGAUAGCUGGACUCUCGAAAUUGCCUAGUGGUAACGUAGAGCUUGUGUGUUUUCUUGAGACGAUGCUGUGGAGGCGAGUAUGGCUCUCGGCCAGACAAUGAAAGACGGCAGUGGAAUCUGUCACAGAAUCUGGGCAUCGAUAUAUGUAAUAGUGUUCCUUCAUCUAGGUGUUACGGCGUACCCCUCUGGCCGCACGAGUCGUCACAUCAAUCUUGAUAACAUCAC